GGAUGCUUGUGCCUGGUGGUGCGGGCAGAUUUUCAGAUCGGAACCUCAUCGAUAAGAAAAUGCAUCGCGAUUUCCAGGGCUAGGCCAAAUCUACACCUCUCGUAGCUUUGCGUCGACCCAGCAAACGAGUCCGGACAAGCCGUUUUUGAGUCACCCCUUUCGUUUCUGAGUUUCCGGGUGGCCCAAUACUAGAUCUGCCUCUAUCUGGCCCGUGCCGCCAAACCGUUGUCAAGAUGGCGUUGAACUUGGACCUCGCGAACGCGGCGGUGAUGAAGGAUGAACAGGGUCGGCCGUUCAUCGUUGUCCGAGACCAAGGCAAGAAGAGGCGACAGUUCGGUAACGAGGCUGUCAAGUCACAUAUCCUGGCGGCCCGGACGGUGGCCAACAUCGUCAAGUCAUCCCUAGGCCCCCGCGGCCUGGACAAGAUCCUCAUCUCGCCCGACGGCGAUAUCACGGUGACCAACGAUGGUGCUACGAUUCUACAACAGAUGGAGGUUACCAACCACGUGGCGAAGUUGCUUGUCGAGCUGUCCAAGUCUCAGGAUGACGAGAUCGGUGACGGCACAACGGGCGUUGUUGUCCUGGCUGGCGCUCUGCUCGAGCAGGCUGCAGAGCUGAUCGACAAGGGCAUCCAUCCCAUCCGCAUUGCCGAUGGAUACGACCAGGCCUGCGACAUUGCCGUCGCCGAGCUGGACAAGAUCUCAGAUGUCAUCGAGUUCAGCCCUGGCGAGACGGCAAACCUGGUCAAGGUCGCGCGCACCAGUCUGGGCAGCAAGAUCGUGUCCAAGGCCCACGACCAGUUCGCCAACAUCGCCGUCGACGCUGUGCUGUCGGUUGCCGAUCUCGAGCGCAAGGACGUCGACUUUGAGCUUAUAAAGGUCGACGGCAAGGUCGGCGGUUCGCUCGAGGACACACUCCUGGUCAAGGGAGUCAUCGUCGACAAGGACUUUUCGCACCCACAGAUGCCGUCCGAGGUUCGCGACGCAAAGAUUGCGAUCCUGACAUGCGCCUUUGAGCCACCCAAGCCCAAAACCAAGCACAAGCUCGAGAUCUCGUCAGUUGAGGAGUUCAAGAAGCUGCAAAACUACGAGCGCGAAAAGUUUAUCGAGAUGAUCCAGCAGAUCAAGGACACGGGUGCCAACCUGGCCAUCUGCCAGUGGGGAUUUGACGACGAGGCCAACCACCUGCUGCUACAGAACGAGCUGCCCGCUGUCCGCUGGGUAGGCGGCCCGGAGAUAGAACUGAUCGCCAUCGCCACCAACGGCAGGAUAGUCCCGCGUUUUGAGGACCUCAAGGCGGAGAAGCUAGGUACUGCGGGGGUUGUGCGUGAGAUGACUUUCGGCACGACGAGGGAAAAGAUGCUCGUAAUCGAGGAGUGUGCCAACACUCGCGCCGUUACCGUUUUCGUCAGGGGCAGCAACAAGAUGAUUAUCGACGAGGCCCGUCGCUCCUUGCACGACGCACUCUGCGUAGUCCGCAACCUGGUCCGCGACAACAGGGUGGUGUACGGCGGCGGCUCGGCCGAGAUCGCGUGCAGUCUCGCGGUCGAGGACGCAGCGGUCAAGACACCUGGGCUGGAGCAGUACGCGAUGCGGGCCUUUUCCGAGGCCCUUGACACCAUCCCCAUGACGCUGGCCGAGAACAGUGGCCUCAACCCGAUCGCUACCCUGGCCGAGGUCAAGAGCCAGCAGGUCAAGUCCAAGGACGGCCGCGGGCGCCUGGGUGUUGACUGCAUGGGCCGCGGCAGCAACGAUAUGAAGGAGGCCUUUGUCAUCGACCCGCUCAUCGGCAAGAAGCAGCAGCUCAUGCUGGCCACGCAACUGUGCCGCAUGAUUCUCAAGAUCAACAACGUUAUCGUGUCGGGCUCCGGAGAGGAGGAUUUCUGAUCGAAUAAAGACGGAGUAUCUAGAGUACUAGGUUCGACCUCUCGGUUGGCGUUAAACGCAUGAUACCAAAACCAAAAUAGGGAGAGAUUGCGUGUCAAAAGUCGUGUUAUCUAUAGACUCAGCAAGGCGACGCUUACCCAAUUUUGGGAAUGUCUGGAUUUGAAACAAGUCAAAUAUCAGACCGUGUCGCUCCUAAGAUGUGUCUUUGUGCUCCUCAUCGAAUCAUGGUCGGACUUGUUCAGGGCGGAUUCAAGAGAACUCCCUAGACCUAUCGUCUCGGGAGCCAAUAUCAUCUUGGGCAAUCGCAUCCAUACAAAGGCCUAGUAUGCGUUUAGUCAAAUCAAGCAUGGUCGAUGUCUGUACGAAAAUCAUAAACCAGUCCAUUUCGUUCUUGUUGUUUUUCGUGGGGUUUUUUUU